AUGGGCAAAGGCAAAGCAAUAAUUGCCGGUUCUUCACUCAUUCUCGUGGUAGUCGUUGUGGUCGGUUUGGUGGUCGGAAUAAACCGUGCUAGCCGCAGCUCCAAUAAUGAAGGCAGCAUCGACGUCAACUUGUUGACGAGGGUGAAGAGUGUUAAGAUCGUCUGUGAAGCCACGAGCUACAAGGAUGUUUGCAUGCACACCUUUAGAGAGGUUUCACAAAAUGAAACUGUUUAUCCCAAGGACUUCAUCAAGAUUGCAGUUUCUGCCACCCUGGAUGCGGUGCGAACUGCUAUGGAUAAAUCAAGUGUCCUUGAGAAGGAUAACAAAAUAAACACCUUCGAGAAGAAAGGUUCAUUUAAAAUCUGUAAGGAAUUGAUACAAACCUCCAUCGAUGAGCUCCAAGAGUCGAUCUCAGUGGUAGAUGAAAAUGAUUUGAAGACAAUAGUGAACGAUCGCGUACCGGAUCUCGCGAACUGGUUGAGCGCCGUGGUCUUUUACCACGAGACUUGCCGGGAUACAAUUGGUAAUCCAGAGCUGAAAUCGACCAUGACAAAUGUGCUCCACAAUUCCACCCAGCUCACAAGUAAUGCGCUUGCCAUCAUUGUGAAGUUCUCCCAAAUCCUUGCUGCCUUGAACAUACCUCUCGACAUAGUAAUCCCCAAGUCACGACGGCUCUUGGAGGCGGAGGAGGCCACUCAAGUUGACAGCCAAGGUUACCCUACGUGGUUAAAGGCACCAGACCGCAAACUCCUGGCCGCCAAAGGCCCACCAACGCACAACGCAGUGGUCGCUAAGGAUGGGAGCGGCCAGUUCAGGACAAUCACCGCAGCUCUAGCCGCCCGCCCUAAACACAACAAAGAUAGGUACGUUAUCUACGUUAAGGCCGGCAUCUACGACGAGCACAUCAUCGUUCACCAGGUUAAUGUCUUCAUGUACGGAGAUGGCCCCAAGAAAACCAUCGUCACAGGAAACAAUAGCGUAAUGAGCCUAUCCAAUACGAAGGUGAAGACGGGCAUCGACACGCAGGACACAGCCUCCUUCUCGGCCAUAGGAACUGGGUUUAUAGCCAAAUCAAUGGGAUUCAGAAACACAGCGGGCUCAAUAGGAGAACAGGCCGUGGCUCUCCGAGUCCGAUCCGACAAGUCGGCCUUCUUCAACUGCAGGAUAGAGGGGUACCAAGACACAUUGUACGCAGAGACACAUCGUCAGUUCUACCGCAACUGUUACAUCUAUGGUACCGUGGACUUCAUAUUUGGUGACUCUGCGACGUUGAUCCAAAACUCUCAGAUAAUUGUCAGGAAACCUAGCGUAGGUAAUAAGAAUAUAGUGACUGCACAAGGGAGGACCGACAGGAAUGAACCGAGAGGUGUGGUGAUCCAGAACUGCAGCAUCGUGCCCGAUAAGAAGCUACGCCCCUCAAAGUUUACGUACCUCACAUACUUGGGCCGCCCAUGGAAGGACUUUUCAACGACGGUGAUCAUGGAGUCCUCACUUGAUGACUUCAUCCAGAAGGAAGGAUGGUUGGACUGGAACGGAAAUACCACCAGACAAAACACGGUUUACUACGCUGAGUACGCCAACAGUGGUGGUGGUGCCAAGACUGACGGGAGGGUCCGAUGGAAGGGCUUCCAUCUCAUUGACAAAAGAGAGGCUGCUCAGUGGACUGCCCAACAUUUCCUCACAAAUGGAUCUUCUAAGGCUUACCAUUGGUUGAAGAACACUGGUGUACCUUUUAACAUUGGCUUCACACGUUAA